AUGGUGACUUCAAGUGUUGUACUAGUGAGUGGUGAGGGCGAACGGUUCACCGUAGACAAGAAAAUCGCGGAAAGAUCCUUGCUAUUGAAAAACUAUCUGAACGAUAUGCACGACAGUAACCUACAGAAUGACUCAGAUUCAGACUCAGACUUAGAUUCAGAGACAAAUCACAAAACUAAAGAAAACAACAACGGCGAUGACGAUGACGAUGAUGACGACGACGAGAUCGUGAUGCCCGUGCCUAAUGUUCGGUCUUCUGUGUUACAGAAGGUUAUUGAAUGGGCAGAACACCACAGAGACUCCAAUUUUCCUGAUGAGGACGAUGACGAUUCCAGAAAGAGCGCUCCCGUGGACUCAUGGGACAGGGAAUUCCUAAAAGUGGACCAGGAGAUGCUGUACGAAAUCAUUCUGGCGGCAAACUACCUCAACAUAAAGCCCUUACUUGACGCGGGUUGCAAGGUCGUCGCUGAAAUGAUCAGAGGAAGAUCUCCCGAGGAAAUAAGAAGGACAUUCAACAUCGUCAAUGACUUCACUCCAGAGGAGGAAGCUGCUAUUAGACGUGAGAAUGAAUGGGCUGAGGACCGUUAG